GCAAGAUGUCUAUGAAACAGGCUUCAGUUUUUCUGUUGAUACAGUUCAUAUGCUAUAUUAGACCUGGAGCCUGUGGGAAAGUGCUGGUGUGGCCUACAGAAUACAGCCAUUGGAUAAAUAUGAAAAUAAUCCUGGAUGAACUUGUCCAGAGAGGUCAUGACGUCACCGUUCUCAUAUCUUCUGCUUCCAUCCUCAUUGGGCCGAGCAAUGAAUCUUCUAUUAAUUUUGAAAUUUAUUCUGCACCUUUGAGUAAAGAUGAUCUUGAAUAUGCUUUUGAAAAAUGGGUAGGAAACUGGACAUACGAAUUAAAAAAACUUCCAUUUUGGACAUCUUAUUCAAAACUGCAAAAAAUCUCCAGUGAAUAUUCAGACAUGAUUGAAAGUUUCUGCAAAGCAGUAGUUUGGAACAAGAGCCUCAUGAAAAAACUCCAAGGAUCUAAGUUUGAUGUCGUUCUAGCAGAUGCCUUGGUUCCCUGUGGUGAGCUGCUAUCAGAACUGCUUAAGACACCUUUAGUAUACAGUCUCCGCUUCUGUCCUGGAUACAAAUGUGAAAAGUACAGUGGGGGCCUUCCACUCCCCCCUUCCUAUGUGCCUGUGGUUCUGUCAGAACUAAGUGACCACAUGACAUUUGCAGAAAGGGUGAAGAAUAUGUUGCAGGUGUUGCUUUUUGACUUUUGGUUUCAAACAUUUAACGAGAAAUCCUGGAAUCAGUUUUACAGUGAUGUUCUAGGGAGACCUACAACAUUAACUGAGAUGAUGGGGAAGGCAGACAUAUGGCUCGUUCGAACCUUCUGGGACUUGAAAUUUCCUCACCCUUUCUUGCCUAAUUUUGACUUUGUUGGAGGACUCCAUUGUAAACCAGCCAAACCACUGCCUAAGGAAAUGGAAGAAUUUGUUCAGAGCUCUGGAGAACAUGGUGUGGUGGUGUUUUCUCUGGGAUCAAUGGUUAAAAACAUUAAAGAAGAAAAGGCCAAUGUAGUUGCUUCUGCUCUUGCCCAGAUUCCACAGAAGGUUCUGUGGAGAUUUGAUGGUAAGAAACCAGACACCUUAGGAUCCAACACUCGGCUCUACAAGUGGAUCCCCCAGAAUGACCUUCUUGGUCAUCCAAAAACCAAAGCUUUUAUAGCUCAUGGUGGAACCAAUGGCAUCUAUGAGGCGAUCUACCAUGGCAUUCCUAUUGUUGGUAUUCCCUUGUUUGGGGAUCAACCUGAUAAUAUUAACCACAUAGUAGCCAAGGGAGCAGCUGUUAGAGUGGACUUUGAUACAAUGUCAACUACAGACCUUCUCACUGCCUUGAAGACUGUCAUUAAUGACCCUUCCUAUAAAGAGAAUGCCAUGAGAUUAUCCAGAAUCCACCAUGACCAGCCAAUGAAGCCCUUGGACCGAGCUGUCUUCUGGAUCGAGUAUGUCAUGCGCAACAAGGGAGCCAAGCACCUUCGCCCAGCUCUGCAUGACCUUACCUGGUUCCAGUACCACUCUCUGGAUGUGAUUGGGUUCCUAUUGGUCUGUGUGGUAGCUGUGGUAUUCAUCAUUGCAAAAUGUUGCCUCUUUUGUUGCCAUAAGACUGCUAACAUGGGAAAGAAGAAAAAAGAGUAGCUUCAUGAAGGCUGAAGCAGAGAGUCCUGAGAGAUGAGCCUCUGCCAGCUGCUUCCAGCAGAAACCUGUUGUCUGUCCCAGGUGCCUUCCCUCUGAAACAAGACAGGGUCAGGACUUCAUUAAAGAUAGCUCUCAUAGAUGCACUAUAUGUUGAAUGCACGUAAGGAUUUAUGCAAGCUAUACACUCAGAGCUCUAGAAGCAAAAUUGUGUGUUCAGUUUAGAAUGUUUUAAUGUAAAUGAGGAACUAUACCCAACAACAAUCACUGAGGUUACUGUAGUUCACAAAAUUUGCAUAGGCAUAAAGCCUUUGAAAAACCUCUCUAAAUAUUAGUUAAUUUUUUAUGCUCUGUCUUCAUUUAAUGAACUUAUUUUUCUUCCCUUCCUUUUUUCUUCUCUUUCAUUUUUUUUUGUAUUGCUCAUAAAUAAUAGCGUUCAGGUACAGAACAUUUGAAAUAGACUCACUUUUCCAUCAAUAUAAGGAAAGCCAUUGUUUCUGGUUAUUAAUUGGGUACAGCAAACUUCCAACAAAUAUUUCCUAAAGGGCCUGUGGUGGAGGCUACUCUCCUUCAAUCAGAAGCCUUUUUCAGACACUAAUCUUCAAGCAUUUACUCUUACUGCUCCUGACAUAAAUUCCAGUACUUGGGAGUUCUUAGGCUUGGCAAGAUUAUUGAUUUAUUUUCCUUCUUAUCUCUUACUCACAACUGACCUGAACACUGUCAUUCUCAUUCUGCCUUUUGAAGUAGAUUUAAGCUGCCAAAUGUCCCAUUCUCUCUCGCUUUGAAAGUACACAUCCAAGAGAAGAUUAUCUUUUUAAGUCAUACCAUCACCUAGCUCAUGUUAUAUUUCGUAUCUGAAAUAUCCCCCACAGACACACAAUGUACUUUGCUGAUUUUGUUUAACUCAUUCAUACAGAAUUUCUUACCUUGAUUCAAUAAAAUGUUAAAAUCUU